AUGUACACUGUGGUUGACUCCACGUCCAAACUUCCUGAGAGCAGCUCCAGCCCUCCCUCCGCUUCCGACGGCCGUGCUGCGCCAUCCCGGCCGGCCAGGCCAGCCCCGUGUCGGGGCCGCUGCGCCCUGACCCUGCCGGCCACCGCGGCCCCCGGCCAGGUCAGCGCUUGGGGAGCAGCGGGGCCGGGGCCGGGGCUGUUUCUCUGGAUAGAGGAAUGCAAAGCCAGCCCUGCAGGGAGGUCGGAGCUGGAGCUGGGGCCGGGGGCGGUGGGUGGGGAGCGGGAAUGUGCGGAGGCACGGAGUGAAGCUGUGGUCUCUCCGUGCAGGAUGCUGCUGCGGGCCGCGGUGCUGGCGGUGCAUGCCGGGCUCCUGGCUGCCCUCCGCCCCGGAGACCCCAAUGUCUGCAGCUACUGGGAGAGCUUCACGGCGCCAGUGAAGGAAUCGUACACCAAACCCCACGUCGUGACCUCCAGCGAGCCCUGUCCAGGGGGGCUGGGCCUCUCCCUGCCCUGCCCACAGCAGAGGGUCGUGUACCGCACCGAGUACCGCCAGGCCAUCCGCACCGACUACCGGCGGCGCUACCAGUGCUGCCAGGGCUACUACGAGAGCCGGGACUCCUGUGUCCCUCACUGCAGCCAGGAGUGUGUCCACGGCCGCUGCGUCGCUCCCGAGCUGUGCCAGUGCGAGCCGGGCUGGCGCGGCCCCAGCUGCUCCAGCGCAUGCACCCCCAGCUGUCACCCGAUGCUUGGGGAAUGUGUUUGCCUCCCUGGCUGGGCUGGGCUCUACUGCAAUGAGAGCUGCCCCCAUGGCUACUUCGGGCCCGGGUGCCUGCAGAGCUGCCUCUGCCUCCAUGGGGGGGUCUGUGAUGGGACCACUGGCCACUGCCACUGCCCCCCUGGCUACACGGAUGAGCACUGCUCCUCCCUGUGUCCCUCCAACACCUUUGGGAUGAACUGCUCAGGGCGCUGCUCCUGCCAGCACGCCCUCGCCUGCUCCCCACUCGACGGCUCCUGCUUCUGCAAGGAAGGCUGGCACGGACCUGACUGCUCAAUGCCAUGUCCUGCUGGUACUUGGGGUCCCAGCUGCAACCGGAGCUGUGACUGUGCCCAUGGGGCAUCCUGUGACCCCCAGAGUGGGACUUGCCACUGCCCCCCAGGCUGGCAGGGCCCUCGCUGCCUGCAGCCCUGCCCGAACGGGACAUUUGGGGCAGGCUGCGGGGAGCGCUGUGUCUGCGCCCACGCUGAUGGCUGUGACCCAGGGACGGGAGAGUGCCACUGCCUGCCCGGCUGGACAGGGCCGCAGUGCAAGCAGGGCUGUCCCCACGGCUCCUGGGGCCGGGGCUGCCUCAUGUCCUGCUCCUGCCGGAACGGAGCCUCCUGCUCCCCCCAGGAUGGAUCCUGCACCUGCACCCCGGGGUACCGCGGCCCCACCUGCCAGCGCCCCUGUCCUGCUGGCCGCUAUGGCAAACGCUGCUCGCUGAGCUGCUCCUGCGACAAUGGCUCCUCCUGCCACCCCACCAAUGGCUCCUGCCUCUGCUCCCCAGGCUGGCGUGGUCCCCGCUGCUCUCAGCCUGCCCGUGGCCACCUGGGUGACUCCUGUGCAGUCCUGGCCUGGGCAGUACGGAGCCAUAGAGGCCCCUGUGGACCUCCAUGGUCCUUGUGGCUGAAUGGAACCAGUAUGGAGCUAAAUGGUACCACUGUGUCCCCAGCCUGUGCCCCCGGCACCUUUGGGCUCCAGUGUGAGCAGCUCUGCCACUGUCCCCACAACGCCACCUGUGACCCCACCAAUGGCACGUGUCCCUGUGCCCCGGGCACGACCGGGCCCCACUGUGAGGCUGGGAAUCCUGACCUGCCCUACACCAUCGAGCCAGCCCCCCCUGCAGCCUACAGCCCCCUGGGCAUGGUGCUGAGCCUGGUGGCCCUGGUGGUAUUGCUGCUGGCUGUGGUGGUCACAGCCCUGUGCUACCAUCACUGGCAGAAGGGGAAGGAGCGGCGGCACCUGGCUGUGGCCUACAGAGCAGGACAGACGGACACCUCUGACUACAUGGUGCCAGAUGUACCCCCAAGCCACCAUGCGCACUACUACUCCAACCCCAGCUACCACACCCUGUCCCAGUGCCCACUGCCAGCCCCCGGCCCCCAGGACAGAGCCAGCUCCCUCAAGGUGCCUGGCACCCAGCUCUUCCCCAGCAUGGAGAGACCCUACAGCUCUGAAGGCAAUGCCACGCUGCCUCCUGACUGGAAACACCUCGGGGCAUCAGCCCUGGGCCCCAGGGGCAGGCAAAUGGAGCGGAGCUACACCUACAGCCAUGGCCUGAGGAAGUGUGAGAGCAAAGAGCACCCCUGGGAGGGGCUGGGGGCCAGCACCAACUCCCUGGCCAGCGAGAACCCCUACGCCACCAUCAAGGAGCUGCCCCCUGCCAUCACCAAGGCCCACGAGGGCAGCUACAUGGAGAUGAAAUCCCCUGUCCAGAGGGAGAUGUCCUACGCUGAGAUCGGGCUCCUUGAGGAGCCGCCACAAGAGGAGAGUAGUCCUGAAAGCCCACCCCACAGAGAACCCCCCAGCCACUACGACUCCCCCAAGAACAGCCACAUCCCCUGUCACUAUGACGUGCCACCUGCCCGCCACUACCCCCCGUCCCCACCGCUGCGCAGGAAGGACCGCUGAGGGACCCUGAGGACCAGGGACCAGCCACGAGGGGACAGAGGAUCCCUGCGGGGACUGGAGUACCCUGGGACUGUUGCUGUCCCUGAACACGGGCCUGCAGGUGUGAAUAAAGGGUGUUUGGUGUGGAGUGAG